AUGGCUAAAGAUUGCAAUGUCAGAAAUACUCCGGCUAGAGAGAACCAAAAAGUGGAUCAGCCUACUGCAGCAGGUCGUGUUUUUGCUUUAACAGGUGCUGAAGCUGAAACGUCAUCUGUGCUGGUAAAGGGAAAGGGCAAAGCUGAUGGUAAUGAUAUUUCUAUUCUAUUUGAUUCUGGUGCAUCACAUUCUUUUAUUUCUUAUGAAUGUGUGGGAAGGUUAAAUUUAGUUGUGAGCUCCUUGUGUGUGGAUUUAGUUGUUUCUACUCCAGCUUCAGGGAUGGAUUGGCUUUCUGCCAAUAGGAUUUUGAUAGAUUGUUCAGAGAAGAGAUUAAUCUUUCCUACUGUUGAACAGGAAAGAUUUAUUUCUAGUGGACAGGUGGAUGGGUUGUUGGAGGGUGAAGCUCUUGGGUUUAUGAUCCUAUCUUUUAUUAGUGUAGAGAAUGAAAAGUUGUUGAAUAGUAUUGAUGUUGUUAGAGAAUUCCCAGAGGUUUUUCUGGAUGAUGUUCCGGGAUUACCACCAAAGCGAGAGUUGGAAUUUAGUAUUGAUCUUAUACCAGGGGGGAGCAGUGUCUAUUUCUCCUUAUAG